AUGCCACCAUAUCAAUCUCAAAUAAUUUUUAUCGAAAGAAGAUGUCUUGAAGAAGGCCGAGAAUCACAAACAGAAUUCUGGCAGAGACACUCUUCAGAGAUGGCACAAUUAAGGCAGACCUACCCGGGAGCACCGGGGGACUACCUUGCCCAUCUCGUCGCUGUCAGAAUUUGGAGAUAUUACUGGGGAGAUACAUUCCCUUUUCCUCCAUAUACUUCGAACGUGCCAGAGGUCGCAGCUUCGACGCCGCACCAGUCUGACGAUGUGGCAGAAACUGGACAAGCUGUAGACUCUUCGUCUAUAUUGACAGAUAGUAUGUCAGACAGAGAUAACAGCUCAGACUUGGACACCAUUCGCAAUCAAAAAUCAACUCAAGAAACGUUCUCGACAACUACCUCAGGAUUCGGAGGCGCGACACCAGAGAUCCCGGACUCUCAAGAUGAUUCAAGCGCGAUGCUGACUCCAGAUGAAGGUUCAGUGGAGUUGGGAAACAGACCCAGACCAAGAGGUACCCAGGAAAGUCAAGAUGACGAUUCACGGGAUUCCGAGCAAGGGUCCGUGGAGUUGGGCGGAAGAGGGCCAACUCCCGACAUACCAGACAGUGAGCAAAACUCGCAGCAUGUUGCAACGAGCAAUGUUUCUUCAGACGAGGAGUCACGGUCGUCAGCAGAGGCCAGGAGAUCAGUAACACCUCGUCCCCGUCAUGCCCUGAGGGAUGGCAGAACAGAAGUCCCAGAGACAGAUCUAGAGUCAGAAGACUCUGGUCAUGAAAACAUCCAAGAUUACGAAGACAGUAGAGCUGCCGAUAAUGUAGAUGCGCAAAUCGAGGAAACUUCUAUAUCAAAUAUGAUCGGGGCCGCUGAUAGAACUAGGACAGGAGACUUUGCAGAUGAUGAAGACUCAGACAGAGACAACAUUCGGAUCCCUUUCCAGAGUCUAGACGACUGGGAACUAUUUUCAAACCGACCUCGCAUUCUUUUAAACCUACCCGGAUCUUUGCUAGACGACUUGGAUCACUCUCAAAACGAGGGUGCAGUCGGUACAACGAAACAGUCCAUGAUUAAUCAAGCAUCGCAGCAUUUGUCUGUUGAUAGCCAAGAUACUUCUGCUGGGCCGGUCGAAAACUCGACCCAAUUUCCCAAAUUGCCGCCUAAACUUCGCAGCAAUAUCUUGAAGCUUGGAUGCUUCGAAACUGGAAACUUUGGAUCACAAUGA